GAAAGACUUCCCUCUCCGUGGGGCGGGAGCGGAGCUCGCCGGUACCCCCCUGCACCCACGAUCGCGCCGCACGAGCUAGCGAGUCCCCGGGCACCAGUGUCCCACCCGCGCCCGAGACCAUGGCCACCGACUCUUGGGCCCUGGCGGUGGACGAGCAGGAGGCGGCGGCCGAGUCGUUGAGCAACUUGCAUCUUAAGGAAGAGAAAAUCAAACCAGAUGCCAAUGGUGCUGUUGUCAAGACCAAUGCUAGUACAGAGAAGACAGAUGAAGAAGAGAAAGAGGACAGAGCCGCCCAGUCCUUACUCAACAAGCUGAUCAGAAGCAACCUCGUCGAUAACACAAACCAGGUGGAAGUCCUGCAGCGGGACCCAAACUCCCCCCUCUACUCAGUGAAGUCCUUUGAGGAGCUUCGGCUGAAACCACAGCUUCUCCAGGGAGUCUACGCCAUGGGCUUCAACCGUCCAUCCAAGAUACAAGAGAACGCCUUGCCUUUGAUGCUCGCUGAGCCCCCACAGAACCUGAUAGCCCAGUCUCAGUCUGGCACUGGUAAAACAGCUGCCUUUGUCCUGGCCAUGCUUAGUCAAGUAGAACCUGCAAACAGAUACCCCCAGUGUCUGUGCCUCUCCCCAACCUAUGAGCUCGCCCUUCAGACAGGAAAAGUGAUUGAGCAGAUGGGCAAAUUUUAUCCUGAAUUGAAGCUAGCUUAUGCUGUUCGAGGAAAUAAAUUGGAAAGAGGUCAGAAGAUCAGUGAGCAGAUUGUCAUUGGCACCCCUGGGACUGUCUUGGACUGGUGCUCCAAGCUCAAGUUCAUUGACCCCAAGAAGAUCAAGGUGUUUGUUCUGGAUGAGGCUGACGUGAUGAUUGCUACCCAGGGCCACCAAGACCAGAGCAUCCGCAUCCAGAGGAUGUUGCCCCAGAACUGCCAGAUGCUGCUUUUCUCUGCCACCUUUGAAGACUCUGUGUGGAAAUUUGCCCAGAAAGUAGUCCCAGAACCAAACAUCAUCAAACUGAAGCGCGAGGAAGAGACGUUGGACACCAUCAAGCAGUACUACGUCCUGUGCAAUAACAGAGACGAGAAGUUCCAGGCCCUGUGUAACCUGUACGGGGCCAUCACCAUCGCUCAAGCCAUGAUCUUCUGCCACACCCGCAAAACAGCUAGUUGGCUGGCAGCAGAGCUCUCAAAAGAAGGCCACCAGGUGGCUCUGCUGAGCGGUGAAAUGAUGGUGGAGCAGAGGGCUGCGGUGAUCGAGCGCUUCCGGGAGGGCAAGGAGAAGGUUCUGGUGACCACCAACGUGUGUGCCCGAGGAAUCGACGUGGAGCAGGUGUCUGUCGUCAUCAACUUUGACCUCCCCGUGGACAAGGAUGGCAACCCGGACAACGAGACCUACCUGCACCGGAUCGGGCGCACUGGCCGCUUUGGCAAGAGGGGCCUGGCCGUGAACAUGGUGGACAGCAAGCACAGCAUGAACAUCCUGAACAGAAUCCAGGAGCAUUUCAAUAAGAAAAUAGAAAGAUUGGACACGGAUGACUUGGACGAGAUUGAGAAAAUAGCCAACUGAGACUCCCCACUGAUUGAUUGCUGGUGCCCGCCCGUGAUGCCCCCUGCACGGGACACUCGUGCUUUCAUGGCGCAGGCCUGGACAGUCACCACAAAGAUGAAGGCACGAGUAGAGAGAAACUACCUACCUCACUUAAAUUACGUUUGGACUUGACAAAAAUUGUGCAAAUGAUGGGGGAAGGUAGAAAAAACAAUGUUUACACAACUUUGAAGAUUAGGCAUGAAUACACAGAAAUUUACCUUUUGGAAA